AGGAGAUUCAUCUAUCCGAGAGACUGAGGGAGAGAGACAUGGAAGACAAGGGCUGUAAAGUCCUGGGCUGGGAGAGCCGUGGAGAGUGGCUCACAGAUGUGUUCAAGCCCUGCUGAGCCCUUGCACUCCUGCGUCUGUGCCGGUACCGCCCCAAUCUGUGCCUGCUUAGCGCUGGGACCGGGAGAGAAAACGCAGAGGGCGGCGCCUGGCCCUGAGGACUAUGCAGCCCCCGGAAUCAGUGAUGUUUGAAGAUGUCACUGUGGACUUCACCCAGGAGGAGUGGGCCCUGCUGGACGCGUCCCAGAGGAAGCUGUACAGAGACGUGAUGCUGGAGAACAUCGGCCAGCUGGUCUCCGUGGGGUGCCAGCAUUGCAGAGCAGACGUGAUUUUCCGGCUGGAGCGAGGUGAGGAGCUGUGGAGUGAGGGAAGAGGAUUUCUCCAGGAUCAGAAUCCAGGCAGGGAAAGUGCCCUUAAGGAACAAGAAAUGAUUGCCACCAAACAUACCAUCCUGAAGGACACAUCUACAGUCAUACCAGUGCAGAAAUCUCACACCGCAGAGGAUCCCUUUGAAUGUAAUGAUUUCGGAGAAGAUUUCACUCAAAGCAGUUUCACAAUGACUCAGCAUUUGUUAACUCACAUGGAAAAGACACCGUGUAUCAGCAAACAGUGUCAGAAGUCCCUUAGUGCCCAGUCAUACCUUAAUCAACACAAGCAAAUUCAUACUCGAGAUAAAUCGUGUGAGUGCCAUUUAUGUGGGAAAGUCUUUAGUAACUACUCUAGCCUUAGAAGGCACGAGAUGACUCACACCGGAGAGAAACCGUAUGAGUGCCGUAUCUGUGGGAAUGCCUUCAUUCAAAGCUCUGACCUUAGAAAACACAGUCUGACUCACACUGGAGAGAGACCGUAUGAAUGUCGUGUGUGUGGAAAAGCCUUCAGCCAGUCCUCUAACCUCAGACAGCAUGAGAGAACCCACACCGGAGAGCAACCCUAUGAAUGCCGUGUGUGUGGGAAAGCCUUCAGUAAGCGCUCUGCCCUCAGGCGGCACGCGAGGACCCACACUGGAGAGAAGCCCUAUGAGUGUCAGCUCUGUGGGAAGUCCUUCAGCCAGUGUUCUGCCCUCAGACGGCACGAAGGAACCCACAACGGAGAGAAGAGUAUGAGUGCCUUCAGUAAGUAUUCCGACCUGAGAUGACGAAGAAACACUGACCAAUGUGAAAGAUCCUUCAGUCAUCCUUACUCAUUUGACACAUGCAAAUUUAUAUGGAAGAGAAAACAUUUGUGUGACACGUCCUUCUUGAAUGAACUCACACUGUAAAUAAGGAAUGUAGCAUUCUUCAACAGGGAAGAACCCCAGGUCUAUAGUCACUGUGAAUACUCAGCCAAGCACCCAAGAAAACUCAGUGAAGGAAUAGAUGCUAUACUAGGAAGUAAGAGGAUGAAGGCUUUUAAGGAAUACCAGAUGAUUCAUCCUGGAGAAGUGAGUCAAUGGAAAACCUUGAGAAAUCUACUCAGAGCAUGUGGCACAUGUGAGGAUUCCACCAUACAGAUGCUUGGUGUCCUGAAGAGUGUGUAGCAAUCACUUCUUACUCAACACUAAGGUUCUCACACUGAAAAGAGAGCAGUCCCACAAUCAAAGUGGAGAAACUUCAGCUAGAUUUCACAUUAGAAAACUAUGUCUAGGAGAAAUUUUUUAAAACAUCUAAAAGAGCUUUUUAACAUAAACUUAGCUUAUAAUUCAAGAUUUUGAGAAAAUAUUCAUGGUAAAGUGAUCUGGGAAUAAGAAUUUUCUAAGAAAUUCAAUUUAACUUUUUCAAUAGAUUAUUACUUGUAAAUAUUUACAACAAUAAACACUGUUGCUGAGAAAUCUA